UACAUUUUGGUCAUUAUGUUCUCAGUAUUUUGUCACUUUACUAUUUUUUUUUUCCAGGGAUACGUUGGCUGUCCCAACAAAUGGAAUGUUUAUCAUGAAUGCAGCAACAUGUGCAGGGAACAGUGGAAAGAGCGUAAAUCCAUUAAUCCAGAUUAUGAUCGGCGUAGAAUCAGAAUGCUCAACAAGUAUCCUUUACCUAGUCAUUGGCAAGAAAUUUUGGACCCAGGCAUUGGCCGUUAUUACUACUGGAACACUGAGACAGAUUUGGUAUCAUGGCUUCCCCCAGGGCAUCCAAGCUGCCAGGUCUCGCGCUCUGCUGCAACCCUGCGCAAGGAAAUGGCAACUGAAAUUAACAAGAAUCGCUCAGGAAGCUCAGAGAAUGAAGUGGAAAUGGCUGGAGUAGAAGAAGAGGAAGAUCAAGAUGUUGAAGAUCACAUGAGUGACAGAUCAGAGGGGUCUGAAGAUGAAUCAAGUCAGCGAGAAAAGAGAGAACCUGAUCGACGGGAAAGAAGUCGAGAUAAAACUAGUAGGGAGCGUGACCGUGGCAGAGAUCGAAGGGGCCGCCGACAUCCACCGAAUGAGGAACUAGACCCUAUGGACCCUGCAUCAUAUGGAGAAUGUGGCAGGGGAAAUUGGGCAUCUGGACUUCCUCAGCGGAAUGAAGCUCGCACUGGUGCUGAUGUAACAGCUAGUGGUCCAUUGUUCCAGAUGCGUCCUUACCCAUCCCCUGGAGCAGUGCUUCGGGCCAAUGCUGCUGUAGGACCCAUUGGACCUAAAAAAUCUUAGGUUAUUGCAAACCUUAAAAAAUAAGGUUACCAUCAGUAUGCAAGAACUUUACAUAAAUGUUCUAUAUUUAGAAUGUAAUAGCAAGGUUUUUUUUUUUUUUUAAAUUUAGUUAUAAUCCAAUACAGUACCACUUAAAAAUGUAUAUUACCACACAGUGGUUUAGAAAAAACAUGUAAGCAAACACCAGAACAUAUUUAUUAGAAAACAUUUUGGUGAUCAAGGUCCCAGGACCAAAACAUUUUCUAAUGAAUAUGUCCUAGUGUUUGCUUACAUGUCUUUCUAACCCAAUGUGUCAGUAUCUAUUACCAAGGUUUAUACCACUACCACACAGUGUAUGAAUAAACAGGAUGGACAGA